CCUGAAAAUAUCAGAAAUUGAAAACUCCACUCUCUUCGUCUCUCUCGUUCUCGUCCUUCGUACAAAAUUGAAUCUGUGAAAAAUUGAGAGGAUGAAGGUUUCAGGGUCUACUAAUUGGAAAGGUCCCGUCAAGUUCAGGAUGCCUACUGCUGAGAACUUGGUACCUAUUCGUUUGGACAUUCAAUUCGAAGGUCAGCGUUACAAAGAUGCCUUCACUUGGAACCCUUCAGACGCGGAUAAUGAGAUCGCUAUCUUCGCUAGAAGGACUGUUAAAGACUUGAAACUUCCCCCUGCGUUCUUCACUCAGAUUUCUCAAUCUAUUCAGUCUCAGCUCGCAGACUUUCGAGCAUAUGAAGGACAAGAUAUGUACACUGGUGAAAAAAUCAUACCAAUCAAGCUUGAUCUCCGAGUUAAUCACACCCUCAUCAAGGAUCAGUUCUUGUGGGACCUGAACAAUUUCGAGAGUGAUCCUGAGGAAUUUGCAAGGACCUUGUGCAAGGAUUUAGGUGUUGAAGAUCCUGAAGUUGGACCUGCUGUUGCAUUUGCAAUCAGAGAACAACUUUACGAGAUUGCAGUUCAAAGUGUGAGUUCAGCUAGGGAGAGUAGAUUAAGCAAGAAAAGCCGCAGAGGAUCUGAUUAUGGUUCAGCGAGCAAGGCGAGUGGCUUGUCAAUGGACCUAGUGAAGUUAUUCAGCUUUAAGUCCAGUGUAGUUCGGAAAAGGAAAGACUUGGAUGUUUAUGAACCAAUGGUGGAUCUGCUAACAAAUGAGGAAGUUGAUGCUCUUGAAGCCAGAGAAGAGAGGCAUGCACGGUGAAGAGUUUUGUGUACAUGUCUUAUGGCAGGACUCAAAAUGAAGAGUAGCACGAACUCAAAUGAUGUUGUCCUAUGGUUAACCAGAGCUUAUGAUCUUAGGAUAACUUUUCUUCAAUUUAUUGACACACUAGAGAAUCUUUGGAUUCUUACAACAAAUUAUAAACUCGUAUCUGAUCACUUUCUACAUUAGUCAAUGCAUCCAAUUCGAUAGUCUA